AUGGGUCGUAUGCAUUCUCACGGCAAGGGUAUGAGCAAAUCUGCUCGCCCAUACAAACGUUCACCACCUUCAUGGCUUAAAAUCUCAUCGGAGGAUGUUGAGGAUCAUAUCUGCAAAUUUGCUAAAAAGGGUCUAACACCAUCACAAAUUGGUGUCAUUCUGCGUGAUUCGCAUGGUAUUGCUCAAGUAAAGAGCGUGACUGGUUCAAAGGUGCUUCGUGUUCUUAAAAAGAAUGGUCUCGCUCCUGAACUACCAGAGGAUCUGUACAUGCUUAUCAAGAAGGCUGUGGCUGUGCGUAAACAUCUCGAACGUAAUCGUCAGGAUAAAGACUCCAAGUUUCGUCUCAUUCUUAUUGAGUCACGUAUCCAUCGUCUUGCACGUUACUACCGCAAGAACCGCAAGCUUUCGCCCAAUUGGAAGUACGAGUCGGCUACGGCCUCGACGCUUGUGGCUUAA